AUUUUUAUUUUAUGUUUUAUUAUUUUUUUUUGUGGAGAAGAGAAAACAACGCUAUUUCGCCUUUAUCAAAAAAUCAAAUUCUUUUUUAGUAAAAAAAAAAAAAUCUCUCUGAAAAUAACCGUUUUUUGGUUUCUCUGGUUUUUCUGUUACGAAGGAGGAGAGAGGGGGCAGAGGUUUUUUUUUGGCGAAAGUGACGGCGUGGUUUUGUGACGGAGGAAUGAGAGUUCCGGCUUGGAGGUGGUGCUAACGUGACAAUAGUGGUGAUGGAGGAAGAUGACUGCUGAAUGGAAAUUAUUAUUCGAUGCAGGAAUUUCGAUGUCCCGAAUAGCAUCAGCAGUGGCCGUAGCUGUGACUGAAGGUGCCUCGCUUUCACCGUCGUUGAAUCAAGAUGCUAUGUGGCAAAUGAACUUAAGAUCCAGUGAAACAAUGGAAUCUGGUUACUACCCAGAGCGUCCUGGGGAACCAGAUUGUUCUUAUUAUAUUAGGACGGGCCUUUGUAGAUUUGGAGCUACAUGUCGUUUUAAUCAUCCUCCUAACAGAAAGCUGGCUAUUGCCGCUGCUAGAAUGAAAGGAGAGUUUCCAGAAAGAGUAGGACAACCUGAAUGUCAGUACUACCUGAAAACAGGAACUUGCAAAUUUGGAGCUACAUGCAAGUUUCAUCAUCCUAGAGAACAAGCAGGGAUAGCUGGGAGAGUUUCCUUAAAUAUUUUGGGCUAUCCUUUUCGCCCGAAUGAGACUGAGUGUGCAUAUUAUCUAAGAACCGGACAAUGCAAGUUUGGGAGCACUUGUAAAUUCCAUCAUCCUCAGCCAACUAAUAUGAUGAUUUCAUUGCGUGGCUCUCCUAUUUAUCCGACUGUCGCUUCUCCAACCACUCCUGGUCAGCAGUCAUAUCCAGGAGGGAUUACAAAUUGGUCAAGAGCAUCUUUCAUUCCUAGCCCCCGCUGGCAAGGUCCUUCAAGUUAUGCACCUCUGAUUUUACCCCAAGGGAUGGUAUCAGUUCCAGGGUGGAAUGCUUACAGCGCAUCAGUCUCUUCUUCAGAGAACCUGCAGCAGACAAAUGGAAAUAAUCAAAUCUAUGGAACCUCAAACCAGAAUGAAUCGGUGACUGGAGGAUCUCAAGCAUCCUUUUCUCAAUUUCGUUCUGGCUCUGUCCCUAUAGGUUUUUAUGCAUUGCCGAGGGAGAAUGUAUUUCCUGAGAGACCUGGCCAGCCCGAAUGCCAAUUUUACAUGAAGACCGGAGAUUGUAAAUUUGGAGCAGUUUGUAGGUUUCAUCACCCACGAGAGAGAGUUCCUCCUGCCCCUGAUUGUUUGUUGAGUCCAAUAGGCCUUCCUUUACGUCCGGGAGAACCUUUAUGCGAUUUCUAUUCUCGAUAUGGAAUUUGCAAGUUUGGUCCAAGUUGCAAGUUUAACCAUCCUAUGGGAAUUUUCACGUACAAUUACUCCAUAUCAUCUCCAUCUGGUGCCCCUGUACACCAUCUCUUGGGGUCUUCUUCAGGAACUUCUGGGUUAAACCUGUCGUCGGAGGGGCUUGUUGAAUCAGGCUCUACAAAGCUCAGGCGAAUUUCGCUUUCAGAGAAUAGGCAAUUGUCUUCUAGUGAUGAAAAUAUUGAUACAGAGGGAUAAACACUGCAACAUGAUAGGAGCUGAUUACAGUUUGACAAUCUUUUAGUUGAUGAGGCAGAGUAAUCUAUAAAUUCAUUUCCCAUUGUUGGAGAUGUUCACAGUUAUGUUCUUUUGAAAAUACACAAUUCAGUUGACAGUUGUGUCAUCUGAAUUUCUUGUAUAAAUCUGAAAAUGAUUCCACAUUUGGUAAAACCUUGUGAACAGUUCAUCUGUCCCGAAACUCCUUUUUACUUUUUUGUGUGUUAUAUUUCUUUCACAGUAUGGUAUACGAGGCAUUGCUUUUGCAGUUUUUAA